AUGCCGACUCCGAGUGACAUUACAUCCAGUGUGAAUGCUUCGUCCGUCCUAGAAGAACUCUCCACUCGUUCCACCUGCCCACCCGAGGUCGAGAGGCUGUCUUCCUGGAGAGAGUCUCGAGUACCCACCACUCUUUCUGACCGGGAUGAUUCCGAGAACUCCUUGUCGCAGCUCAUUUCAGCCGCGCACACGGUGCAGAAUGCCCUGAGUCCAGCGAUAGAUGCGACCGUCGCAUCAGCCGCUGAGCCUUCGUCUGGUGGUAGCCCUAUGAAAGAUGUGGCAAAACCCGAUGAUGAGCCUGCCGCGGGGAGGCUGAGUCCGACUGCAGAGCCAGCAUGCUUGACCAACCCUUCCUCACCCGUCGCUUCACCAUCGACCACGUCGCUGUUAAGCUACGAAUUCUCCAAUAUCCGGCUUCUCCCGAACUAUACCUCCUCUUUCUUGCGCCCAGGAAGUAAAUUCACUGGCACGCAGCAAUCCGAUCGCCAGGUCUACAAUGUUGAUGUCGAGAUUAAGCAUGUUGACAUGCAAGAAUCCUAUCUUUGUGGAUACCUACGUAUACAAGGUCUAACGGAAGAUCAUCCCACUCUCACGACAUUUUUCGAGGGCGAAAUAAUCGGCACCAAACAUACUUUCAAGACUAAGAACGAAGCAUGGGGCGCUACAGAGAAGACUGAUAUGCAGCAUUGGAACAGGUUUCAAGCGUGGCGACCACUGUCGAAACAAGCAAGGAAACCCGAUUUCACGUAUCGCAAUUAUGCCCAACGUGAACAUAUUUUCAUGCGUUGGAAAGAAUACUUUCUUGUUCCCGACCACCGCGUUAGGUCUAUAUCUGGUGCAAGCUUUGAGGGGUUCUACUAUAUUUGUUUUAAUCAAGUAGAGGGGACCGUGGACGGCAUAUACUUUCAUGCGAAGAGCGAGAAAUAUCAACAACUGGAUCUCAAGCAUGUGGAAGACCACGGGUGUACUCCCGCUAUGGAAUUCCGUUAA